GUUCUCUCUGCCAUCUUUGAAAACCGCGGUGAUUGAGCUGCAGCCGAAGCUGCGAAUCGUCUUUUCGUGCUCCGUGUGUGCGUUUAUUUGGCUUUUUAGUUCGCAAAUCUUCGCGCAAGUUUGCCCCGGUAAAGAUGAUCCGUUCGGUGGAGUGAUUGAUGGUGGGAUCCUGCAGGAAAAUCCGUACGAAAUAGUUUCAGAUCCGGAAGAAAAACGCCUCAAACGGUAGUCCUGCCGAAGGGUGCUACCGCUGGAAGAAUCUUUUCCGUAUCGUUGUGUUGUGUUCGGAUUCACGUUUGCGACGAUCGGUGCAAGUGUAGUGGUAACUGUCAUCGGUCGGUUCCUUUUCUCGGCUUGGUUCGCGCGUUUGUGGAGUUUGUUUUUUAUCCGUUUUGCUUCGUUCACACAACUUGCUGCCGCACUAGUGUGAGUGUGUUUGGAUUUCGUUGAGACAUCGCGCGCGCCGCGGAGCUAAAAAGACGACGAGAUCAGUGCGUGAUAAGCGGUGGUUUUAGUGGUGAAUAUCAGGUCGCUUGUUCGUGAUUUAAAAGAAAUUAGAAGUCUCGUGAGACGUGAGAAGCUGUGUCCCUGGCUCUUCAUUUGGAUGAAAGAUUGAUUGUUCCGGAUUGUUUUAGGUUUCAUCCUAAUAGCAUUUAGUUGAAGAUAACGACGAAGUUCGCCACCAUCAUGGAUUUCAAACAGCAGAACGGUCAGCAACAGUUCUCUCGAAGUAGCUCGAGGCUCAAGCAUCAAUCAUCCACUGCAUCCAGCAACUCGUCGUCGUCCUCGAGCGCCCCACAGAAGGUCACCAUGCGAAGGCGAUGUCGCAGCGAGAGUCUUCCGAUGGCACCAAUGUGUGAGAUCAAGAGUAGCAAAGCGCGACUACACAGCCACUUUCACCAGCAACAGCACCAUAAUGCCCGCACGAAAGCAGAAACUCCAACCCUGCUGAUCGAGUCCUUCAGUCUGCAAGGUCACGGCCGGAAGAUGCUUCCCGUUAUAGCCAGCAACGAAAUACUGCCAAGCAUAACAAUCAGUAAUGCUAAGGAAAACGUCAUGCACAACGGACACUCCCGGCUGGAAGGCGGUAUCAAUGUAAAGGACGUCUACAUGAACGACCUGGACGCCUACAGGAAGGAUCGCCGCAAUGGGUAUUACAUCCCUGGAGAACGGCAUUUCGAGUCCCGGUUUGCUCGUAACCUCGAGAGCUCGUUCAACCCACGGAAUACGAUGUACGACCGGAGCAAUCGGAAGCUACGGGCUCGCAGCGAAUCGGAACCUCACGAAAUCUACACCAGUGCGUCCAUGCUGAGCGGCGGAACCUCUGGCAGCGGGAGAUCGACACCGGCUUGGGCGAAUCGGGAACAUAUGCGUGACAUAUCUCUUAAACGUGCUCGCGAUAACAUCUCCCCAACCCUGGAAGGUGACGAAACCAUGGAAUCCACUCCUUCGCCCAUGCUCCAGAAGGACUCACCUCCGUCUAAAAUCCUGAACGCAGCCGAAAGCAGCCCCUUGGACGAUACGACUAGCACGGUUCAACAGCGCCUGGGUGGAAAGUCAACGAAAGUUUCCGGUACAGCCAACGGCUCGCGCAUAACGAAAACUGUUAGAACCCGAACGGGAACAGCCGUAAACAAAUACAAAUCCUCUCUGAAAGCUGCCCCGACAAGCGCCUCGGCUAUUGUUGCUUCCGGUGGAUCGGCCGCCCAUAUCGUCGGCCGCAAGUCAGUUUCGCCUCCCUUGCUCAAACUCUUGGCCGGAUCUACCUCACCGACUCCGUCCGGUAUGUCAACGGGAACCAGUGGCGGCGAAUCGGUUCACACCCAAGAUCUCGAUACGGAAACCAUUGGUCAUUCGGACGUGGGAGAAGAUGACGACCUGGAUGACGAAUGUGAAGGCGAAGAGGACGACCUGAUCGACGAGCUGGCCGAUGACGACGAAGCGCUGAACGGGUCGAUAACGGACUCCGAGGACAACUACCAAACCCAUUUGGCAGCAUAUCAAGCCAGAACGAAAUCCAGUUCUACGUCUCCGUCGCCCUCGUUAGUUCGCGGCCCGGUUACGUCCAUUGGAUGCGUUCUGGGGGGUUGUCCACCGGAGGGUCCCCUGACGCCCAGUCUGUUUCCCCAUGUGCCACCGUAUAUAACGUUUUCCACCCACGAGGAGAAAGGUCCUCCCAUGCCGCCUGCCAUUCACAAAGUGCUCAAGUGGAAGAUGACGCUGAUUACGCCGAUCGUCGUGCGGAAGGUGUUGAUCAACAGCGGUUUCCGGCUGCUGAAAAAAACCAACGACUGGAUCGGAAUCUGGGGAAAGCAUAUGAAAAGUCCCUGCUUCAAGACGCUUCGCCCGUACCAAAAGUUCAACCACCUGCCGGGAAGCUUCCAAAUCGGUCGGAAAGAUCGCGUCUGGCGCAACCUGCAAACCCUGAUGAACCGACACGGCAAAAAGGAGUUCGGAUUCAUGCCCCGCACCUACAUCAUACCUCAGGAUCUGAAAAUUCUGCGCCAAAUGUGGCCCAGAUAUAGUCAACGGAAUGCCAAAUGGAUUAUCAAACCACCGGCGUCAGCUCGAGGAACCGGAAUCAAAGUGGUCAACCGAUGGUCGCAGAUUCCGAAGCGGAAACCGCUGAUUGUGCAACGGUAUGUCGAUCGGCCCCUGCUCAUCAACGGCAGCAAGUUCGACCUGCGGCUGUACGUUCUGGUGACGUCGAUAAACCCGCUGCGGGUUUACAUGCACACCGAUGGGUUGGCACGAUUCGCCUCGGUCAAAUACAGUGAAAAGUCCGACACCCUCAGUGAUCGCUACAUGCAUUUAACCAACUACAGUAUUAACAAACUGUCCAACAACUACAACGCCAACGAAGACGCCGACGCCUGCCAGGGUCACAAGUGGACCAUCAAAUCGCUGUGGUCGUACUUUGCAGAGCAGGGAAUCGACACCGAUCGGUUGUGGGGAGCGCUGCGGAAUCUUGUACUGCGAACGAUCCUCGCUGGCGAAGGUCCCAUCUACGCAAUGUCCAAGCUGAACGUGGCCAGCAGAUACAACUGCUACGAACUGUUCGGAAUUGAUGUGCUACUGGACUCGGAAUUGGUUCCUUGGCUGCUGGAAGUGAAUAUUUCGCCAUCGUUACACUCCGCCUCGACGCUGGACGCCCACGUUAAGGGACCGCUGGUCAAAGCUUUGCUGAAUACGGUUAUGUAUCAGGUACCACCAAGGAUAGCGAUGGCUGAACAGAAGGAAAUUCUAGCCGAACAAGGUUUGGAGGGUCCGCUAUGCUACGAUAAACGGAUAUACGUGACAGCACUAUCCAAGGCGGAAAGACUGAAACAUAACCAGUACAUUCAGAAAGAUAUGGCCAGAGAUGAGUACCUAAACAACAUCCUAGACGAGUUAACUCCGGACGACGUACGUUGUCUGCUGUUGACCGAAGAUGAACUAGCCAGAAGUGCCCCGCUGGAGCGUAUCCUGCCAGCGCCCAACAGCCAUCGAUACGUUUGCUUUACCGAACACCCUCGGUAUUACAACCGGCUGUUAGACGCUUGGGAGCACCGGUACUGCCACAAUCGAGCCGAAGGUAUCGCCCUGCUGCAAUCUUUGUGCCAACAAAAAAUUCACCUUCAGGUGCCGCCCAGUACUUUCAAAAAGGACUCCAACAAUAGACAGCAACCGGAUAUUAGCAGCAGCAGCAGUAGUACAAACAACGAAAACGCCUCCCAAGACAGCGGAAUUCAGUCGGAUCCGGCCAGUUCGGAGCUUCAGUCGCAAGAAUCUAGCUCUACAUUCCAAUCGCAGGAAUCCAUCGACCAGAUCGGUGAAGAGCUGGCACCGACGAAAAAGUCGGCGUCCGUAGAUAAUGAUGCGAUGGAAUCGGAGAAGGAUCAGUCGCAACAGCUGCGAUCCAAUGUCGAGGAAAGCGACAAUAUGCGACUGAGCGACAAAAUUAAGCUGAUCUUGGAUGACGCUUUGUUACUGAAACAGCAGCAAUGCGGUGAUACCGAAAAUGCCAUUAUUGUACAGCAGUGAUGUAAGUAGUUUCUUAGUUUCGAUUUACCGACCUACUUAUGAUUCUUCGUAUCAAAGAGCGCAACCUGGAGGAUGCGGAAUAAGUUGCGCGUUUAUGCGGAAGUUGAUUUCGCUCCCGCGUGGGUCAGAUCCCGGUACGCAACUCUUUUUCUACUUAGGGAAAUUACAGUUCUUAGCGGGUUUGCGUUAACAAGACUGAUCCGAUGUGUUCUUCAACAACAAAACAAAACGUAAAACCGGAAACGUGUGGAAAUUUUAGUCUUAACCAGACUACUCAAAGCAUAGAGGAGUAGAAGUAGCUUUAACAAGAAGCAGAUUGCUGGUCCAAUAGAUUUGAAGACAACUUCCCAGUUCAGCCCUUUUUUUAUAAAAUAUCCCUAAUGUCUAAGUUAGAAACCACAACUAGCAGGAA